UGCGGCUGCGGCCAUGCAGGUCUCCAGCCUCAACGAGGUGAAGAUCUACAGCCUGAGCGCCGGCAGGAGCCUCCCGGAGUGGCUCUCUGACAGGAAGAAAAGAGCUUUACAGAAGAAAGAUGUGGAUAUCCGUAGAAGAAUUGAACUUAUUCAAGACUUUGAAAUGCCCACUAUUAGCACAAAGAUUAAGGUAUCAAGAGAUGGACAGUAUAUUAUGGCAGUUGGAACUUACAAGCCCAGGGUCCGCUGUUUUGAUACCUAUCAGUUAUCCCAGAAAUUUGAAAGAUGCUUAGAUUCCGAAGUGGUUACGUUUGAGAUUUUAUCAGAUGAUUACUCAAAGAUUGUCUUCUUGCAGUGUGGCAGAUUUGUGGAGUUUCAUUCACAACAUGGCCAUUACUACAAGACAAGAAUACCAAAAUUUGGUAGAGAUUUCUCUUACCACUACCCAUCAUGUGACCUGUAUUUCGUAGGAGCAAGUUCUGAAGUGUACAGGCUAAAUCUGGAACAAGGAAGAUUUCUGAACUCCCUGCAAACCGAAGCUUCAGAGAGUAAUGUCUGUGACAUAAAUCCUGUCCACUUCUUGUUUGCUAUGGGGACAGCUGAGGGAAAAGUGGAAUGCUGGGAUCCUAGAACUAGAAAUCGAGUUGGGCUGUUGGACUGUGCAUUAAGCAGUGUGACAGCAGACACAGAGAUAGAAGGUUUGCCAUCCAUUUCAGCACUGAAAUUUGAUGGGGCUUUGAAUAUGGCUGUUGGAACAUCUACUGGGCAGGUCCUAUUAUAUGAUCUUCGGUCUAGUAAUCCAUUAAUAGUCAAAGAUCACCACUAUGGCCUGCCUAUUAAAUCCAUUCAGUUUCAGCAUCAGUUGGAUUUAAUUAUCUCUGCGGAUUCUCGAAUCAUAAAAAUGUGGAACAAAGAUACAGGAAAGAUAUUUACUUCAAUGGAGCCAGAACAUGAUAUAAAUGAUGUCUGCCUUUAUCCAAAUUCAGGAAUGCUAAUGACUGCCAAUGAAGCCCCUAAAAUGAAUAUCUAUUAUAUACCAGUUUUAGGACCUGCCCCAAAAUGGUGUUCCUUCUUGGACAACUUGACUGAAGAACUGGAAGAGAAUCCAGAAAGCACUGUUUAUGAUGAUUACAAAUUUGUUACCAGAAAAGACCUUGAAAAUUUAGGCCUUGCUCAUCUCAUUGGAUCAUCAUUGCUCAGAGCAUAUAUGCAUGGCUUCUUCAUGGACAUAAGACUUUAUCAUAAGGCAAAAAUGAUGGCCAACCCCUUUGCCUAUGAAGAAUAUAGAAGAGAGAAAAUAAGGCAGAAGAUAGAAGAAACUCGUGCACAGAGAGUUCAAUUGAAGAAACUCCCAAAAGUUAAUAAAGAACUUGCACUCAAACUGAUUGAAGAAGAAGGAGAAGAGCAACAGUUUAGUAAAAAAAGAAAACAGAAGAAUCUGCCCAGCCUUCUCAAAGAUGAUCGUUUUAAGGUCAUGUUUGAGAAUCCAGAUUUCCAGGUGGAUGAGCAGAGUGAAGAAUUUAGGCUACUUAACCCACUUGUUUCUAAAAUAAGUGAGAAAAGAAAGAGGAAGCUAAAGAUCUUAGAAGAACUGGAAGCACAAGGACAGGAAGAGGAGGAAGAACCAGAAGGAAAAGCAAGUGAUGCAGAAAGUUCUGAGAGUUCAGAUGAUGAAAAAGGCUGGGUUGAAGAGGUCAGGAAACAGCGCAAGCUUUUACGCCAAGAGGAAAAACUAAAGCGGCAGGAAAGGCUCAAGGAGGAUCAGCAAACAUUACUAAAACCUCAGUUUUUUGAGAUUAAAGAAGGAGAGGAAUUCAGAAGCUUCAAAGACUCUGCCAAAAAACAAAAAUUAAUGAAGAAAACUCUUGAAGACCGUUUAAAGCUUGAAGAAAAACUUGGCACACUCAAUGUGUCUGAUACCACAGUAGGCAGCAAACAGGCAACAUUCAAAUUAAAGAAGUCAGAGCAGCAAAGGAAACAGCAGGAAGCUGAGAAACGACAUCGUCAGGAGAGGAAAACCCUCCGGCGCUCUGCCAGUCAUCUCAAGAGCAGACGUGGAAGAGGACAACUAUUUCAUUGAUUUAUGUUGGGCUUUUUUAAGAAACCUUUUACCUCAUUUUCAUUUGAAAAAGGGGCUUUUUCGAAUUGGGACACAGUACCAAUGGAUUUGUAUUUUGAUUCAUUGGUAAACACAAAACCAGAACCUCCUAAGCCUUGUGUUAAUUAUUGAAAAGUUCAUGUAAGUUAAAGUACUGACCAAAGGAUGCUAUGAAUAUGGUCCAUUUUGAACUGUAUUUGUUCAGAAAUCACCAGUAAUUGGUUAUUGUGUAACCCUGGAUGUUUUCUAUAUAAGAAUUUGUGUAUACAACAA